AUGACAGACUAUCAGAUUCCGGCAGACUUCCUUGAAGUAUUAAGAAAGAAAUACGACGACGCCGUCCUGAACAAUUUUGUCUUGUAUAACGGCGAAAACGCCGUGCACGAAUAUGAAAAAGUUGCCCUAGGUGCCUUGACGGUUCACUUCCAGUUGACAUUGCUCACGUCUUUGGUGCAUAGACCGGAAUCAGGAAACAGAAACGAGAACCCGUUUGAAAAGCCAGAGCCGGAGUUGACGGUUGUUCCAAGUUUUGGACCGGCAGGCGAGUUUCGGAUCGUUUUCAAUAAAUUCCCAGUUGUGCCGAUGCAUUUUUUGCUCGUGACAACCAAGUUUGCCUCACAAAACACCCCCUUGACACCUUCUGAGUUGUUUGCUUCGUUCCAAAUAUUGAAGAAAAUUGAAAAGUCAGAGGCCGGUGUGUCGAAAUGGUUUGCCUUUUUCAACAGUGGUCCUGAAAGCGGUGCAUCGCAGCCACAUAAACACAUUCAGUUUAUGACCGAGCCCCUGGACCUGCAGUUCAAGUCAAUUGCGGAUACAAUUGCAGAGCAAUUGAGCCAGUUUGACGCUUACAGCGAGUCACCCCUGGCCGCGGAACCGUUCCUGGCUAAGGGCAUACCCUUUGCACAUUUUUUAAUAAAGUUGCCCACUGGAGCUGAAAUCUAUGAGAUGAGACUAGCCACAUCUUUUAGUGCACUUUUGCAGCGCACGCUCAGCGUACUAAAGCUCAAUGACCAAGCUGGAAUUUCGUACAAUUUCAUCAUGACGACAAGAUACAUGUUCAUGGUUCCCCGUUCAAAGAGUAAAUUUGAGGAUCGGAUUGGAAUCAAUUCGUGUGGUUUUCAAGGGCUUGUAUUGUGUAAAAACGAAGAACUAUUUGAAUUUGUAAAAAAGACCGGCCCGUUAAACAUCUUGAGUUCAGUAUCUUUGCCAAAUAUACCAGACGAUAGAGAAGGGGUUUCUUAUUACUAG